AUAAGAAUGUAUGGGCAUCACACCGAAUGAAUGUAACAUUAACCUAAUUCAAGUUUGUUGUCAUACAUACUCUGAUUAAAUAAGGUAUUUGCAUCCUUCUAGUUAAUUGACGUGGAUAUUGUUUUCUGUGUGUGAUUAUGUGAAGACUGUACUGGUUAAAUGCAUUUCAGAUUUACAGGAGCUGACAAUAACUUUUCAUCAGAAUGACGGAAGUGUUAGCAUGGGAAGAUUACCUCACCAUUGUUUUGUAUUUCGCCGUUGUUCUUGCAGUCGGUCUGUGGUCAACUUUUACUCAGAACAGAGGAACAACCCUUGGCUACUUUCUGGCUGGUAGAAACAUGUUGUGGUUUCCGGUUGGAGCGUCAGUAUAUUCCAGUAACGUUGGCGCCAUUAUGUUUGUGGGUCUUGCGGGGACUGCUGCAGCUAGUGGUAUCGCGGUCACCAUUUACGAAUGGCAUGCGGUUUUCAUUAUCAUAUCGCUUGGUUGGAUAUUUGUUCCAGUUUAUAUUGCAAGUGGUUCGUUCACUAUUCCCGAGUACCUGAAGAUGAGAUUUGGAGGGAAGAGGAUACGAGUGUUGACUUCUGUGAUGCUCUUGGUGCAAUACAUCACCAGAAACAUUAGUGGCGAGAUUUACUGUGGGGUAGUUUUCAUGCAGUUAAUUCUUGGAUGGAACAUCUACAUAAGCGUAUGUGCAAUACUUACCGUUGUUGCCAUCUAUACAGUCAUCGGAGGCCUUCGUGCAGUUAUUUUUACGGACACUUUGCAAACGUUUGUCAUGAUAGCUGGAGCCAUAACAGUUUCUAUUAUCUCAAUGAUUAAGGUUGGUGGGUUGGAGGCGUUGGAAGCCAAAUAUAUGCACGCGGCAACGAAUUACACACUUGCAAACCAAUCGUUCUACGCCUGUGGGAUGCCUCGAGAAGAUUCAUUUCAUAUUUUCCGGCACCCUGUUACUGGUGACAUCCCAUGGACAGGUUCAACAUUCGGCCUAACCGUUCUUGCUUUGUUUGUUUGGUGCCAAGACCAGCUGAUUGUUCAGAGAUGUUUGGCAGCAAAGAACAUUACGCACGCCAAGGGAGGUACACUGUUUGCAGCAUCUUUAAAGUUUCUAAGUCUGCCUAUGUUUGUUUUGCCUGGAAUGGUCAGCAGGGUUUUAUUUACAGACGAAGUUGCUUGUGCCAGCCCGGAACACUGCGAAAGUGUGUGCCAAAGUUCGACGGGUUGCACAAAUACUGCCUACCCAUUACUAAUUCUGAGAAUUCUUCCAAUUGGGAUGCGAGGUCUAAUGCUAGCGGCACUUAUGGCUGGUAUGAUGAGCACCCUUACAUCGGUAUUCAACAGCUCAAGCUCCAUCAUAACCCUUGACCUUUGGACACAGUUUCGCAAGCAUGCAAGUCAAAGUGAGCUGAUGAUUGUUGGAAGGGUGACUGUGUUUGCAAUGAUCAUUAUCAGUAUUUUGUGGUUGCCGAUCCUGCAAGCACAACAGGGCGGAGUUUUAUGGUUUUACCUCGCUGCGAUUGUUGCGUAUCUUGCCGUGCCGUGGUGUGUUGCAUUUAUCCUGGGUUUGUUUUGGAAGCGUCUGACUGAACCGGCCGCUUUUUACGGCAUGGCUGUAGGUUUGAUAGUAGGUAUUUCAAGGAUGGGGAUGGACCUUGUUGCGACCCCGCCAACUUGUGGUAGUGGAGAACCAGACAUGAGGUUGGAUCUCAGCUCAAAAGUCGAUUUUCUACAUUUCACUAUUAUCAACACCAUAAUCUGCACAAUUGUAAUGGUCAUUAUAAGUUUGUUUACAAGAGCACGAUCUGAGAAACAGUUGCGACGCUUAACAUGGUGGACCAGACAUGAUAUCGAUGAUCCAGAACUAUCAGACGAUGAAACCGAACCUGAAGAUGACAACUCUCCAAAGGAUAGACACUUGGAGAUUGAAACUGGUCUAGAACCAAUUGAGUUAUCAGUUGCAUCUAGAUGUACACACGCGUUUUACGACUGGAUUUGCGGAGUAAACUCCAAUAAAUCAGACGGACCGUCAGCAGAAGAACGUACUGCGAUUCGAGCAAGGAUGACGUCAAUCAAGGAAUCUCCGCGGGCCAAAUGUCUUUUGAAUGUUGGCGCAUGUGUUUUAAUGACGGCGAUUACGUUUCUGUUUGGCUAUUUUGCAUGA